AAUCGAUUAGGGCAGUUCACUGGUGCAUGGGUUUGUGGAAGAGAAGUUGUGCGGCUGUUAUAUAUGAGAGAGGCGCCUGUAACAAACCGCUCGUAAGGGGAAGAGGAAGAAACCGUAUUAAAUAGUGCUGUCGUCCAAAUCCUGGGCAAAAACCACCAUUUUCUCUUAUCCGAAUCUUCUAGGGUUUCGGAGGAUCUAACCAGAACAGUCGCACAAGAUGGACAAGUAUCACCGAGUGGCGAAGCCGAAGGAGGGAACACCGAUUGCUGAGAAUGAGAUUCGUAUCACCAGUAUGGGAAGGGCGCGAAACUACAUCACCUAUGCCAUGACUCUUCUUCAGGACAAGGGGUCGAAUGAGGUUAUCUUCAAGGCAAUGGGAAGAGCUAUCAACAAGAGUGUGACCAUAGUUGAGCUCAUUAAGAGAAGGAUUCCUGGUCUUCACCAGACUACAUCUAUUGGAUCCACGGACAUAACAGAUGUUUGGGAACCUGAUGAGGAAGGCCUUCAUCCAAUCGAGACAACAAGGCAUGUGUCUAUGAUAACAAUAACACUCUCGAAGGAGGAGCUGAACACAUCCUCAGUUGGGUACCAGUGCCCGAUCCCCAUUGAGAUGGUGAAGCCAUUAGCUGAGAUUGAUUACGAAGGACGAGAUGGAUCACCUAGAGGCAGAGGAGGCCGAGGCAGAGGAAGGGGAAGGGGAAGAGGUGGCAGAGGAAAUGGAUAUGUGAACGUUGAGAAUGAUGAUGGAGUCAUGGAGCCCGAACGGCCAUCUGGCAGAGGAAGAGGGCGUGAGAGAGGAGGUGCACGUGGUGGUCGUGGAAGAGGAGGUUACAAUGGUCCUCCAGCUUACUAUGAAGCUCAACAAGAUGGAGGAGACAAUGAAUACAAUGCUCCUCCUCCACAUAAUCACGAGUAUGAUGAUGGAGGUAUGGAGCCUGAGCGGCGGUCGUAUGGUAGGGGAAGAGGCCGCGGGAGAGGUCCACGUGGUGGUCGCGGAAGAGGAGGUUACAAUGGUCCUCCACCUCACUAUGAAGCCCAACAAGAUGGAGGAGACUAUGGUUACAAUGGUCCUCCUCCACAGGAUUAUGGAUAUGAUGCUCCUCCUCAGGGCCGUGGACGUGGCCGUGGAAGGGGGGGAGGUCGUGGAAGAGGAGGAGGCCGUGGUGGAUUCAACCGAUCAAAUGGACCACCGAUUCAGACUGCAGCUUAAGUAACCCGGGGUCGUUGAAUGGACUUUGUUCUUUUUCUUGUUUCUCUCUUACUUUGUCUCUCUGUUCAUCAAAAACAAGAUGAUGCCGUAGCAUAAUUUCUCUCUUUGAUGUUGUUGCCUUUUAGGUUAUAUAUUAUGUUCAUUUAUUUUAUGGAUAUGUUGUCUUGGGAUUUCUCCAGUUUUUUUGUUCCUUCUAAUUGUCUUCCAGUUUUGCCUCUGUUUUUGAGUUAUCGGAACAGCAAGUUAUACUAUUGACUUACUCGCACGAAACAUGAUGCAGUCUGCAAA